AUGAAGAGCGCAAUACAGCAAAAAGUGGAGCAAUCUUCAAUGCUCUCCGAGGACGCGAAAAACGUCCUACAUCAAAUACGCGCUGUCACGGAAGAUAUGACAGUUACACCAGAGGAAGAACUGGCGCAGUUGCAAGCCAUAACAUCGGAAGUGAAUCCAGAAGUGUUUCGCCAAAUUAAAGAUUUCAUGGAUCUUUUGAGGUGA